UCCUCCUCCGUUAGAGAAAGCGGGAGAGAAAAACGCAGCAGUGCCUCUCACCAGGAAAGUGAAGCAUUCUCACGGGUGUCUGACACUGAGGGAAGUAAACCACCAAAACCUAUUGUCACCUGGAGUACAACCUGUAACCAGCUCGGGUACUUGCAGGAUCUGUGAGGCUCUCCUGUAACUAUGGGGGACGUGGUUUCCUCUCACCUGGAUGAGAGCAGGCGGGAGAUGAUUACAGCUCGGACCAGAGAUGUGAUGAAGGAGUUCAGCGAUGUGUACGAGCAGCAGUACGCGGUCGCUCUCUUCAACAGUGUCCGCUUUGAGAUAGAAGGAGGAGGAGGGACGCAGUCACAGCUGCUUCACCGAAAGGACCCUCUGGCGGGCCGGUCCAUCUUCUCAGGGAGUCUGUUUCAGUACCUGGAGGAGAAUCGGAAGUGGAGGAGUCGCUUUGUAUCCGUGCCAAACAGCUACACCAUCAAUCUCUAUGAGAGCAAAACAGCACAUGACCGCGGGCUGCAUCCAAAAGUAACCAUCAGCUGUGCUGGGUACAAGGCCCUGGCCUCAAUGGAGGAGUACAUAGAGCUGAUUAAUACCAGCCUGCCAGGCAUCAAGGCCAAAAUGAGCAGCAGUCCGUUUAUCAAGUGUGCGACCCAGUUCCCCCUCAUCCUGUGGCACCCGUACGCCCGUCACCACUACUUCUGUGUGACGACAGAGAAGGAGCAGAAGAAGUGGCACGCCGUGCUGCAGGAUUGUGUCAGACACAGUAACAAUGGUCUGUCAGAGGACUGCACCGUUCAGACGCCAGCCUUCACUGACUCUGUGAGACAUCACAGACAAGCCAAGGGACACUACGGGACCUGGGACAUGAUGUGCGGGACCCCCCCACAGAUUCUUGCUAACCUGGUGAUGGAGACGCUUCAUCCUGAGCUAAGAAAUGGGAUCGGUCCUCGUCUGAAGGGGAAAAUGCAGCAGAGGCAGAGGAACUGGAUGUUGAUCUCUGAUGCUGUGUACAAGCAGGUGUUGUCUCAGACCACCGCUCACUACGAAGCACUGGUGGAAGCCUGCGAGGCCCAGAGGCUUCCGCUGGACGCCAGACUGCGAACUGACAUGGACCAGAUCAUCACGUCUAAAGAACACGUCAGCAGCAAGAUACGAGCUCUGGUGUUGCCCAAGGCGGAACAGCUUCUACGGACCAGCAUCCAGCCCUAUAUCAGCUCCAUCCUUGAGGCCCUGAUGGAGCCCACCAGCAGAGGCUUCUCUGAGGUCAGGGAGGUUUUCUUCAGAGAGCUGGUGGAGAUCAGCAAGAACUCGCUCAACGGAGGGGGCAAGGAAAAACUAGGAGACCACAUGGAAAGACUGUCCAUGCUCGCCUUCCACCCCGUGAAGAUGCAGAGCUGCUACGAGAAGAUGGAGCAGCUCAGUCUGGAGGGGCUGCAGCAGAGGUUUGACGUCUCCAGUCCCUCCGUGUUCGUCAGCAGAGCUCAGAUCCUCAUGAGGGAGCAAAUGGACAAUGCCGUGUACACAUUUGAGCAGCUGUUUCACCAGUCUUUAGAGGCCCAGGGAGAAGAUGACAUGUGCAAGACCAUCCAGCGAUGCCAGGACAGGGUUCUGAAGAAAUAUGAUUACGACAGCAGCACGGUGCGCAAGAAGUUCUUCAGAGAGGCUCUGCUGCAGAUCACCAUCCCAUACAUGCUCCAGCAGCUCUCGCCGUCCUGCUCACCUGAGCUGCCUCGCUUCAAAGAGCUAAUCUUUGAGGACUUCUCCCGUUUCCUGCUGGUGGAAAAUAUGUUCGAGGAGGUGGUGCUGCAGUCUGUCACCAAGGACAUAAUGAUGGCUGUGAAGGAGGCAGCCGUACAGAGGAAACACAAUCUCUACAGGGACAGCAUCAUUCUGUCAAACAGCGACCCCAACCUGCUCCUACUCGGAGAAAACCCCACGGUGGACUGGGCCACCAAGUUUGGGGGCAAUGAGCCAAAGGACUCUUUCAGCAGUGGCACUGAAGAAAGAGGUUCUGGGAAAAGACGCAGGCAAGUGGUGUCCAUGAUCCAGCUGGACGGAGUGCCUCUGCCCUACGAGUCCUGUCUGGAAGUUCCCGGGGUGGAGCUUAUUCCUGAGGAGGACACUGAGGUGUCUGAGGGAAGAAAGGAUGACCAAGGGGAAGAUGAGGAGAACCUGGACCCUCCUGAGGGUCCCAAGUCUCCUGAUAGUGUGGAUGAAAUCAGGGACCUAAUUAAUCCAAUGAUGGAGGUGGUGCUGCCAGUGUCAGAGACGACGCAGAGCAACAUAACCAACGGGACAGAGCCAAUCACUGGCACCAUCACCAUGGACAAUGGGGUGCAAGAGGAGGUGACACAUGUCACCACCUUGGUGGAGGACGUCCCCAGGAAAUCUCCACGAGACAAGACGUCCCCGCAGACAAUCCUCCAGCAGCUGGUAGGAAGCAAGAAGCAGGAAGCUGAUAAGGAGCAUCAGGAGGAAGCAGCCAUCAAGAACGCCACUGAGGAAACAGAGGUACUAAAGGAAGACGACAUUGGACGGAUUGCUGAGGUCUCUGCAGCAGAAUCAGAUUCUGAGUCAUCACAACCGCCGCCACCACUGGCAACAGACUCCAGCUUGCGUAAUGACAGCGGCUUCCAGUCACCAACCAGUGAGGAGCUGGAUGAAGGCGUUCCUCAGCCAAUCACAAACAGUCUGGAUGGAGAGGUCAAAAUCGUUGACCCGGUAGAAGUGGAGGUGAUUUUAGCGUAGGAAGACAGACAAUGUUCUGCACAGAACUAUGAACCUGGAGAAAACCACAUAGGAACCAUCAGACUGUGCAUUACAUGUAAAAGCAGAGAGGUGUAAUGAAUGGGACUGUAUUUAAAGGUUUUAUUCAAAGCGUUGUCUUUAUUGUUGUUGAUAUUGCACACUCCAAAACCAGCCCUCCCAUCCUCCCCUAGACUCUUUUGAGACAUGUCUUUGGUGAUUGGUUCAUCUUUAUGCAGCUUAGUGAAUCUCAAUGCAAGUUUUCAUCAUACUCUGUACAUGACACUGAAUGGAUUUAUAGAAGUCAGACUCCUGGAUGUAUAUAUCAACAGGAUGAGGUUCCAUCACAAUAAUAAUUUAAAGUGAUAAACUUAAAAAAUAAAGGAGAAACACUAAACAACAACUACAUCUAAGUUAUGAAUAUUUCCAAAUGAUGCUAAGGGUUUGUUUACUCCAGUAAUAUCUGUAAACAAAGCAGGGAAUCAGACCUUUAUUAUUCUCAACAUGUCUCACAUUUAUAAGGUCAAGUAAGUAACAAUGUGCCUUUAACUAUAGUGCAGAUGAAUGAAUCCCUCUCUGAUGAUCACAGCCUCUUCCUGGGCAGCAGGGGGCGAUAUAUAGUCAAUCUUGAUGUUUCUGGAUUUGUAUGUUUCUACUACAUUUUUCUCCAAAUAUUGCUAUCUAUUUUUGUAAAAUGUAAUUUUUUUAAAUAUGUAAUUUGUUUACUUUGCAAGCAUUUCUCAUAUUUGCAAAUGGCCUUUAUGUUUCAACAGGUUUCGUUACAAACUGUCAGGGAAUUAUCAUUACUUCCACAGUGAUUUUAAAAGCAAGCUGUUUGUAUUUUUCUGUGGGGAAAAAUAACCAGAACACGUUGCUUCUUGUGACAUGUCCUGUGGCUGUAGAUGAGCAUGAUACAGCCUGUAAUGGCUCUUUAACUAGGGGGUUUGAAGAAGUGAUUAUGAGGGAGAUUUUUAAUAUUGGCCUCUGAUGAUGUUAUAUCACUGAAAUAUUUUGAAUCACACAUGACAGUGACUCCCUUUCUAUUUAAAACCAUUUUUUUUUCUUAUUUAAUUCAACUUGUCUGGGUCAAAGGGGGAGUUCACCCAGAAUUGUAAGUAUUCACUGCUAUAUUGGUUUUGAGCUGUACAGAUUUACAGUUUGGCUUUAUGUGACAGAGAUAAACUGACUUUUAAAAAAGUUUUAUGUCCUUACUAGAGUAAAAAAAUAUAUAAAAGAAUAGACUGUAUUACUGAUAUUUAUCCUUGUAGAAGACAUUUGUUCAUGCCAGGUAUAACAACCUUACGUCACUGCAAAUCAUGAAAGGGGGCACUGAUGAUACCAGUCAACUGAAGUAAUUAUAUGAUGCCAAAUCAUAACAGAUGUUAUCUCAGGGCACUUUUCAUAUAGAGCAGGUCUCAACCCUUUACAGCAUUAUUUACAGAGACCCAACAAUCCCUCAUGAGCAAGCACUGGGCGACAGUGGUGAGGAAAAACUCCCCUUUAACAGGUAGGAACCUGCCCACCCUCAGGUGUUAGAAGCCACCUCAGGGUGGGGGACGGCCUCGACCCACCGGAUCCGGCAAGUGUUCCAUAAAACCAUGAGGUCAGAUAAACUGUAAAUCCUAGGCUUUAAUUCCUGAAAUAAACCAGUCAGUAACUAACUGUUAAUGCUUUAUUUUAAAGGUGUGUAUUUUCCUCAUAGUUCACUAGGAUGUUUCCUGGAAUUAACUAUUUAAUAUUAAAUAAUAUUUGAUACAGAUUCUAAGACAUAUAAGAUGAAUUGUAUACUCAGCUGUUGACAAAUACAUCAUGCUCAGCUGACCUGACAUACAAGUAAAAGAAUUAAGGUUACACUAUACUAUACACUUUACACACUGUUUACAGUCUGUAAAACCCUAAUUCAUGAAAUGGGAAGAAAAAAAACAUUCACCAAAAAAAAAAAAAUGUCAACUGAAACAUAAACUUUUGAAAGCAACAGAUGGGAUCACUCUAUGCUAUGCUGAAUAUGCUGUAUAUACAGAGUUACACAGAGGUACCAGUAGCAGAAUUAAGCUAUAGUCAGAAUGAUAGAAUUUUAGGUAAAUAAAGUUUAAACACAUGGUUUUAUGUUUUCAUUUUUAUCAUAAUUAGUACCAAGUGACAUAGUCCUUUCCAGGAAACUUCCAAUGAAUUUGUAUUUACAAAUCAGUUUCUUUUAGAAAAUUAUAGGAAACCUAAGGACCUAUAGAAUAAAGUGUUACCACAUUUUUUUGGGCAUCACACCUUCUAAUGGGUGGAUUAGUUUCACUUAUGGACAACCUGUAGUUCACAGACCAAGAUGCAAUUUAAGGGAGUUGCAGCUCUCUCUGGUCUCUUUUCAAUGUUUUGAGUCAGUAUCCUGUUGUGAAAUCACCCAAGUUUGCUUGAGUUUGAGUUAGCUGCCUAUUCUUACCUAUGACCCAUUAAUUCCAGCAGUGAACCAUUGACUGUCACCCUCUCCUGUCUUCCUAUUUAUUAUAAAACCUAUCUGUGUGGUGUGUAAACAUGCAGGUGCUUGCUUUUGUCUUCCUUAAGUAUGUUUUUAAAAAAAAUAAGGAUGAAUAAAAUUAUUUCAUCAACUUUA